AUUUCAGCCAGUUUCACACACAGUUCGAAUGGAUGCCAUAAACAAGUGCUCAUGAGUGUGCUCCAAUCAAACGCAAAUUGAUAGUGGAAAAGUGAUUUUAAUCGUGUCGAAAAUAGUGCCCAACUGUGCCGUAGUUCAAGUGGAACAUUUUGCAGCUAUUUUCUAACUUACCCAAGUCGUUAUAAGGCCGCGCGAUGACGGCUCAACAAUUCUCGCUUCGGUGGAAUAAUUACACCAACUACAUCACCGGAGCAUUUGAUUCGCUUCGCUACGAGGAAGAUCUCGUAGAUGUUACACUAUGCUGUGAGGGACGGAAGAUCCGGGCCCACAAGAUUCUCCUGUCAGCAUGUAGCGCCUAUUUCAAAGAUAUUUUCAAAGAAAAUCCCUGUCAACAUCCUGUUAUAAUAUUUAAAAAUGUAAAAUACAGCGACUUAAUGGCCAUCGUCGAAUUCAUGUACCAGGGCGAAGUUAGUGUGGUACAAGAGUCGCUGCCUUCGUUUCUGCACACCGCUGAACUGCUUUCAAUAAGAGGUUUGACCGAUAACAGUGGAGAUUCAAGACAGCAAACACAACAGCCUACAUCCUCGUUGGCGCAACAGAUUAUUCAAACACAGAAUCAGAGUCUGCUGGACAAGGCAACUAUCACCACCGCCGAAUCCGUUUAUCUUACGUUGCCCUCAAACUCAACUAUAGUACAUCAGCCGACGAAACUGCUACAGGCGCAAAUACAAUCGCCACAAGUCCUUAACAAAACCAUUCUCAAAACCGCUCCCGCAGAACUCCAGACUCUGUCCACUCAAGGUGCCACCAUCGCCGUUCCCAUCACCCAACAACAACCGCAAACGAUUGCCGCUAAAAUACAGGUUCAACCCCAGCAAACCGUACAACAGCACCAUCAACAGGUGCAGGUUCAACAGCAGCAGCCCCAACAGGUCCAAGUACAGGUUCAACAACAGGUAGUACAACAGCAGCAGCAGCAACAGACCCAGGCCACCACCCUACAGGAAGUCGUCGAAAGUGUCGUCAGCCAGCCGAGGAAGAGAAAGUUCAAAGUUCAACCGCUAAUAACUUCCACGCCAAACCAAUCGAUUUCGGUAGCCAGUGCCCAGCCGACCACGACCGUCGUUACUACCCAGAUACCGGCCACGCAAUCAGCUAGCGGCGAAACCGAAGUCUACGAAACAACCACGGAAACGUACCACAUAACAACGGCUAAGGAAGCGGAAGAAGCGCGAGCACAUGAACAGGAACAAGAAACUUACACGGAAACGGCUCAACCGACGACGGCUUCGCUGAAAAUGGAAAUCCCGGAAUACAUCGAUUGUGGCGAAAGCAUUAACGCCAACGCUAACAACACGUCCUACAUCCAAGAGGAAAGCUACGAACUGGUCGGUGAUCAAAUGGAAGACAAGGACGAUGACGAAGAGGACAUGAACCAGGAAAGCAUCGAGAUGGAGGCAUCGGAUAUGGAUAUGAGUCGAAUCUUCCAAGGCGCUUCUGACGAAACUAAGGCGAAUCUACUGCAGGAUAUAGUAAGUACAAACCGGUGGUCCCAAUGUCAGAUCUGUAAAUUGGUCAUAACCACCGUCAAUCUUUGGCGACACAUGCGAACACAGCACACGAAUCAAGAACCGAAAAAGUGUGAUCGGUGUAGCAAACAGUUCAAAAACAAGUACAGUCUCCGGGAACACGUGCGAAUGGCGCACGAAAUCAAACAACAACAGCACCAGCAGCUGCCCACUGCUGUUGACUCUUUGUCGGCACCAGUAGACGGUGCAGCGGCAACGAUUGAGUCAACCAAUUCGGCGGCGAUGAUGGAUGAAGACGACGGCCCGGUGUCCGAGCAACCACCGGCUACGAAUGUGAUCGAAGAUUCGGCGGGCACCACGCUGGCCGUUCUUUCCUCUGCUCAACUGACGGCCGCUUCAACGAUCAAGCUUUUUUGAUUGCAAAUGCAAUCGUCCAAUCUAGAUUAAGUGCGUUGAGCUAGCGUUGGUUAAAUCGUUAACAGUGUUAACACCUUCAUUGUACCUAACUUAUUUAUACGAUUUAGAUCGAAGAAUAAUUGGUAGUUUUCAGUGAAAAAAAGUGCUGUAAGUAUAUCUGUUUGAAAAAGCUGCGUGGAAAUCAAGAAAUCUAAGUCAUUAGUUGUAGAUUAAAAUGUGUCAUUUUUAACAACCUCUAUUUAUUUUUGAAUUAUGUACAAACUUAGUGUUAUCGCCAUUAUUUAUAUUAGAAUGUAAGUCGUGUCAAAAUACUCUCGAAUGAAUAAAGUUAAAUGUUUUGAAAAUAUUCCAUGUGUUUUAAUUCCAUUUGUUGCAGCAGCCAUCAACGUAAAAAAUAGACAGGGCGCCAGAUGUCUACCCUAGGAAACAUCUAUUUUGUUGAGAAUUCCUUUUUCCUUAAAAGUAUCCAAGCUUUGGACUGAAAGUCACUUUUACCGAACUGCAUUAUUAGAUCCUGUAAAAAUCCUAUAAAUACGGAGAACGUAAGGUGUAAUUAAGUUUCAUCAAUAUUUAAAAAAAAACAAUAUAUCAAUAUAUCAAACUCUCA